GGCCGAUAGCUUCUUUUUCGACAUGUUAAGCAGCGUUGAAGCAAAAGUAUUACCAUUCAAUAAGAAGAAACAGUCACUCAUAUAGAUAUUGGGACUUGCGUAAGCGUAAUUCGCGGUAGUUUAAAUCCGACAAAUCAUGAGGUUUAUUAUUGCCACGUCAUUGUUACUGGGAUGUGAUCUCAUCCUCUUUGUCGUACCGAAAGAAUCAUCUCCUAGAGUCUUCACACCACUUGGAGGGAUUGAAGGUUCAUACGACAUCUCGAGCGCAGGUCGCCUUUACGCGACCUUCAAAGGCAUACCUUACGCUGAACCUCCAAUCGGAGAUUCGAGAUUCCGAGCACCGAAACCCAUACCACCUUGGACGAGCGUCCUGAGUGCGAAUGAAUUCGGUUCUUCUUGCAUGGCUUUCGCCCCUCUUCCAACCCCUGAGCCAGACGACAGGGUAAGCGGAUCGGAAGAUUGCCUUUACCUCAACAUUUAUGCUCCAGUCACGAAUCGCAGCGAUGGAAUUGCAUCGUCCGCCAAUUCGCUACCGAUUAUAUUAUUCAUACAUGGAGGCGCGUUUCAAUUUGGAACUGGAAGCCUGUACGGACCGAAAUAUUUACUCGACUACGACGUGAUACUGGUUACGAUUAAUUACAGACUGGGACCACUCGGUUUCUUAAGUACCGAGGACGAGAUGAUUUCGGGAAACAUGGGCUUGAAGGAUCAAGUAAUCGCGAUGAGAUGGGUCAAGGAUAAUAUCGUGUUCUUCGGUGGUGAUCCAAACAGAAUAACGAUUGUUGGUCAGAGUGCCGGGGGUUCGAGCGUGCAGUAUCAUUACUUAUCGAAGCUAAGCGUUGGCCUCUUUCAGAGGGGAAUGUCCAUAAGCGGAACUGCGCUGGACUGCUGGGCCCAGGCAGAAGGUUCUUUAGAGAAGGCUAAGAAACUCGCGACCAUCGUUGGAUGUCCCUCCAACGGAGUCCGAGAUAUGGUGGAUUGUUUGAGGACUCGACCCGCACGUCUGAUCACUCAAGCAAUUGGCGAUUUCAUGCCGUGGCUGGAGAAUCCCUUUACGCCGUUCGGACCUGUUGUAGAAAAAGGCUGCAGCGACUUUGUGUUCAUCGAUGAGCCACCGGCCAAAAUAUUGGCUUCUGGCAAUGUCCAGGACCUACCCUGGAUUACAUCAGUAGUAAGCCAGGAGGGCCUCUUCACGGCUGAUGAAUUCGUGGCAAACGAACCUCUACUGAAAGAAUUGAAUGAUAACUGGGAUUACUUAGCACCGUUUCUGUUGGACUUCAACUACACAAUCCCUCGGUCCGACCAUCGCAAAGUUGCGAGGCUGAUAAGACAUCAUUACCUGGGAAUCGAGCAAAUCGACAAUUCCACCGUCGAGCAAAUCGUACGCAUGAUGGGCGACAGGCUGUUUGUCUAUGACGCCGAGGAAGCUGCGAGGCUACAAGCAAAAGCCACCCGACACCCUGCGAGGUUUUAUUAUUUCACGUACAGAGGAGCUCACAGUUUGAGCGAGGACUUCACUGGUGUCCAGGAGAACUUUGGAGUCAGUCACCUGGAUGAUCUUCCUUACGUAUUGGAUGCGAUUUUUGAUUCAACUACAACGCCGCGAGAUCACGCAAUGCAGAAGGUGAUGACGAAUCUCUGGGUUUCCUUCGCCAGUUCAGGCACACCUGAGGUAGGUGUCGAAUGGUCUAGGGUGGACCCAAGUGACGAAGAAUUCCGUUAUCUUCGCAUUGCGUCGCCGGAAGAAAUUCGUAUGGACGGCAACAUGAAUUUUGGGGAUAAGAAUUUUUGGCUCUCUAUCCCUUUUCGGGAGAAUAUCCCAGUGACCGUGACUGGAAUCCAUGUAUGAAAUGAUUGAAAAAUGUAAAAUUUGUACAAUGAAUCACAAUAUA